CCCGCUCCCGCCGCUCCUCUCCUGGGGCUCCUCUCCCGGGGCUCCUCUCCCGGUGCUCCGGCGCUGCCGCGCCUCAUGCGGGGGUCAAGAGGGUGGAGAAAUUCAGCGCUCGGGGAGACUUCCCGCAUCACGUGGUUGGGGUCGCGGCAGUGCCCUGCCCGGGACAGGCUGGCACCGCGGCGCCUGACGGGGCUGUCGCCGAGGGGCCCGCGGGCCCUGCGUCCCGGCAGGCGCCUCUACCUUCUUCCCUUGUCGGCAGCCCGCGGGUGUGGAGCGGUGAGGCCGGAGCUGUCCGCCGCGGCGCGAUAUCAGCGCUGCGGGGCCCCGUCCGCACCGGCAGCUUGUUGGACAACUCAGGCGGGCCUUGUUGGCGGCAGGAUCCCGGCGUGACCUCGGCGUGCGCUGUCGGGAGCGGCGGGCGGGCGGAUUUAUGUGCCGGGAGUGGGGCUGAGCCGGGAGGCAGCGGCGGCUGGCGGGGCCGGCGCGGGCAUCAUGUGUCCUGAACUUGGAGUUCAAGUUUAAGCUGCAAAACUGAAGCAUGAUAAGGACAUGGAUGUAUGUGGGAUCAGUGUUGAAGGACUUAGGAAAUGGUUUCAUUUCCACAAACUGUUCUGUAACUGCAGACACUAUUUAAUUUAUGCAGCAGUUCUUCAUCUCUUAACAGGGUGUGAUAGGUGUACAGUUGGUGGUUACCAUGGUAAUGGCUAGUGUCAUACAGAAGAUCAUACCUCACUAUUCUCUUGCUCGUUGGCUUCUCUGUAGUGGCAGCUUACGGUGGUAUCAACAUCCCACUGAAGAAGAACUACGGAUUCUUGCAGGGAAGCAAAGAGGGAAGAGUAAAAAAGAUAGAAAAUACAAUGGUCACAUUGAAAACAAACCCUUAACCAUUCCAAAAGAUAUUGAUCUUCAUCUGGAAACAAAAUCUGUAACAGAAAGGGACACUAUUGCAUUGCAUUACUUUCCAGAAUAUCAGUGGUUGGUGGAUUUCACUGUUGCAGCUACAGUUGUGUAUGUGGUGACAGAAGCCUAUUACAGCAUUAUGAAGCCUUCUCAAGAAAUGAAUAUCAGCAUCGUGUGGUGUCUGCUUGUCUUGGCUUUUGCAGUUAAGGUACUGUUUUCGUUGACUACCCAUUAUUUCAAAGUUGAAGAUGGAGGUGAAAGAUCAGUCUGUGUCACCUUUGGUUUUUUCUUCUUUGUGAAAGCAAUGGCAAUACUUAUUGUGACAGAAAACUAUCUAGAGUUUGGAUUAGAAUCAGGAUUCUCGAAUUUCUCAGAAAGUGCUAUGCAGUUUCUUGAAAAACAAGGUUUGGAAUCCCAGGGUCCUGUGUCUAAACUAACCUUCAAAUUGUUCCUGGCUGUUCUGUGUUCACUUAUUGGUGCUUUUUUGACAUUCCCUGGCUUGCGACUGGCUCAAAUGCAUCUGGAUGCUCUGAAUUUAGCAACAGAAAAAAUAACACAAACAUUGCUACAUAUAAACUUCUUGGCACCUUUAUUUAUGGUUCUACUGUGGGUAAAACCAAUCACUAAGGACUACAUUAUGAGCCCACCUUUGGGCAAAGAGAGCAUUCCUUUAAUGUCAGAGGACACAUUUGAUACCAUCAGAUUGUGGAUUAUAAUCAUGUUGUGCAUUUUACGGUUGGCUAUGAUGCGUCAUCAUUUACAGGCCUAUCUGAAUUUAGCCCAGAAAAGUGUGGAUCAGAUGAAAAAGGAAGCUGGUAGAAUAAGUAUGGUUGAUUUACAGAAAAUGAUAGCUCGAGUAUUCUAUUAUCUCUGUGUAAUUGCACUUCAGUAUGUUGCACCAAUGGUAAUGCUCCUUCACACAACUCUGCUCUUGAAAACACUAGGUAAUUAUUCUUGGGGCAUCUACCCAGGAUUGAAUUCUGACACUCCAGUAGAAAACAGUCUGCUUCCCAAUUCUGUUUAUUCUGAGUCUCCACCUGCUGAUGGAAAGAUGAAAGUAACUGUAGUACAAAUAACAAUGGCUCUGGGAAGCCUAAAGAAUAUUUUCACUCCUCUCCUGUUCCGGGGACUCCUGUCUUUUCUCACCUGGUGGAUUGCUGCUUGCCUAUUUUCUACAAGCCUUUUUGGGCUCUUCUAUCACCAGUACCUGACUGUGGCAUGAACAAGUCAACUGACAGAGCAAAUGUGAGGUCAAAUACUAGAUACAAACCCAGGUAUCCAAGAGGAGAUGAAGAGAAAACUAUAUAUGUGAAGAGAAAACAUAUCAUAAUUAUUUUUAAACACUUCCUUGGUGUUCUCAGGGUGAAUAAUCUUAAAAUGUUUAAAAUUUCAACUGGGUUUGUUAUUUUUGUUACCCAAAUGGUAGGUAACUAAUUCAGUUAUAGUCCUGGGAUUGACUGACAUUAUUGUGUUGUAGAUUUUGGUAAGCAUGCUGAAAAGAUGUGACCUCUGAGUAUCUUGGUUUCCAUAAACAGCAAGCCAAACUCAAAAAUUUGCUUUUUAAGCAUCAACAGUCACUGACUGAACUGCAUUCAAAGGGUACUGGACAUAGUGAUGGUGGCUGCCUAUCAAUUAAGUCUUGAAACUGAGCCAUACAGUGAAAGGAGAGAGAGGGGAUUUUUUAAAAAAAAAAUUCUGUUGGAUAGCUAUUGAUCACUUUUCUCCUUGGAAAAUGAAAAAAUCCAACAGGACUAAAGAGAUACUGUAUAUUACAGUAAGGAAAGUUGUAUAAAAUAUAAAUUUAACAGGAGUGGAUGUAUGUACCUGGCAGGUAUUGCUGCCUACAUAUUUUGCAAGAGUGCUUGUGCAGUAAGAAGAGAGUUAUAACAAAUACAUUAUUUCAGUCCCUGAAGUCAUUUUGAAGUAAUGGCCAUCUGUAUUGGUGCUAGUAUUGAUCCACAGAUUGCAUCUGGAUCUUUUAAAUUUCUUCUUUUGACGUAGUAGAUAAAUUCCAUUGAAUUUACAAAAGAAUAGAAAAUAAUUAGUGACACCAGUCAAACAUUUCUAAACAAAACAGUUUAAUCCUGCUGACUGAUGGAGUAUGUAUAUGUGUAAUGAACAUAUAAAUAUAUAUUAUAUAUUAAAUAUAUAAUAUAUAUGAA